UGAUGUAGGAGAGGGGUGGGAGGUACAAGUUCCCUUCUGUUUGGCUGUUCAUCACCUCCCUGACCCCCAGGGUUGUCAGCUAGGAAGGACUGAACUGGCCUAGUGAUGGUGUUUACAAGGCUUGUGCUGCCCCUCUCUCUGCUCACAGAGGGCCCAGAGAAGGAGUAGGAGAAAGAGAGCUUCUGACUUCCCCAGUGGAUGGGCCCAGAGGCUAGACGAGGAGCCCCAUCCCAGCCUGGGUUUUGCUCAAGGAUGGGUUGAGGUAGUGGUGGCUUGGGGCUCAAGUGCUAUUCCGGGCACGGCUGCUGUAGUUAUUAAAGGGAAUGGUUCUCCCUGGAGCAGAGCUGGGAAUGUGAGAACCAGGAAGCUGGCAGGGCUGGGAAAGAAAAUCUGAGAGGCUCCCCCAGUGGUCAUGAGUGGGCAGGCGCUGGCUGGCUGGUGCUGCUGUUACUCCUGGCUCUGUCGAUGACUUGCUGUGUGACCUCAGGCAGGAAGCUUCCCCCCACUGAGCCUCCCUUACCUCAAUCUGUAAUUUGAGGAGGCCCGGAGAGGCUCUGGCACACAGUGGGUACUCUGGUUUCUGCACUGCCAUCGGGCGCCCCCUGAGGCCGCUUCACUUCCCCACCAUGUUCCAGCGCCUCACUAGCCUUUUCUUCAGCAACCCCCAGCCCACUGAGGACCCUGACUGCCCGGGAGCCUUCGUCUCCGAGGAGGAUGAAGUGGAUGGCUGGCUCAUCAUUGACUUGCCGGACAGCUACGCGGCUCCACCCAGCCCUGGGGCCGCCCCUGCCCCCGCAGGCCGCCCUCCGCCCGCGCCCUCCUUGAUGGACGAGAGCUGGUUUGUUACCCCUCCCGCCUGUUUUACUGCAGAGGGGCCCGGACUUGGGCCCGCCCGCCUCCAGAGCAGCCCCCUGGAGGACCUCCUCAUCGAGCACCCCAGCAUGUCCGUUUACGUCACCGGCAGCACCAUAGUGCUGGAGCCCGGGCCCCCUUCCCCGCACCCCGACGCUGCCCUGCCUGACGGUGACCUUAGCGAUGGGGAGUUGGCGCCUGCCCGCCGAGAGCCCCGGGCCCUGCACCACGCCGCCGCCCCUCUGCCGGCGCGCGCUGCGCUGCUGGAGAAGGGGGGCCAGGCGCGGCGGCUGCAGCGGGCCCGGCAGCGGGCCGAGCGCCACGCGCUGAGCGCCAAGGUGGUGCAACGGCAGAACCGCGCCCGCGAGAGCCGCCCGCGCCGCCCCAAGCACCAGGGCAGCUUCGUCUACCAGCCGUGCCAGCGCCAGUUCAACUACUGAGCGUCCGCUGGCCGCACCACAGCCCCCUCGCCGACGCCUGACCCCUGUCGGGCCCCUCCGCCGCAGCCAGUGCGCUGCUCGAGGGGCGCCCGAGGCCCGCCUCAGGCUGGACAUCACAACCUUCCUCUUUCUUAAGUGUGUGAGGUGGGGUGAUAGCCCCCCUCUCCCUCAAUGUCCCCACCUCUGAUCCUCUAAUCUGCCUCUGAAUCCCCCCCUGUCUUUCACCCUUCCUCCUCUGGCCGCCAUGCCCAGCAUCUAAUCCUCCAUUUCCCCUACCCCGACACUCCAUUCUUCCUUCUCUGGUCCGCGUCCCGCAUCCCGCCCUCUGCCCUGACAUUCCCCUUCAUCCUUGUCCCCUAGUCCUCUACCUCUGGCCCACUCCUGAUUCUCAGUCUUUCUUCCAGUCCCAGAUCUGGCUCAUUCCCUACCUUCACCUCCCACUUUACGAGCCACACCCUAUCUCAUGUUUGGCACUACACUCAUUCCUUCUCCCUUAUUAUUCAUUCCCAGUAAUUCCCUCCCAAAUGGGGGGGGGGGGGGGGGCGGGGAGGAGAGACACUGAAACUAAAGGGUUCUGCCCUUAGUCUCCCCCUUCCCUCUCCCCUGGGGGCUGGGCUCCUUGGAGUUGCUUAGGCAUGAAAAGGUGAUGUACGUGGAAGAGGUCUGUGAGAUGUGAGCUAGAGGGAGAAGGUGGAGGGAAUCAAGGGAAAGAGACAGCCUACUGGAGAGGUAGACAGGACAGACAGGUUGAGAAGCUAUAAGGAGCAGGGCACCAUGGGAGCUGGCACUGUGCUUGCUCAGAGAGGCCAAACUCUGCUCUCAGGCUGAAGCCUAGAGUCUACCCCCACUUCCCUUUCCUAUAAUUCCACCUCCCAAAUCUCUUCCUGAAAUCCAACCCUCUGCAGGCCCUUGAGUCUGAAGGGCUUAGUUAGUAUCUUGCUGCCCCAUCCACAACAUGUCACCCCAGGAGUAGAGGCUGGGCAAGGCCCUGCCAUCCUGGCCAUCUGUUCACAUGCCCAAGGUGCUAGAACUAGCUUAGGAGAGAUGCAGGUCAGAGGGCUUCUAGGCAGGGGAAGUGCACACCCCAGAGUAAGAAUGCAGAGGAAUGAUGCUGUGGAGGUGAAGCCAUCCCAAGACUGACAGCUCAGUCUUCAUCUUGCUCUAGCCUUGUAUUUCACACCCUGCCCAGGACGGCUAAUAAACAUUCUUGGGUAGGAGGCCAGGAGCCCCACUGUCCCAAUCCCCAAAUAGUCCUUAUCCAGGUUCAGGGCCUUCAGGGGCCUCUGCUCAUUUUCUCCCUCAGGGCUCUCUUCCUUUCUACGCUGUGGGAGAAAUGGGUGCCCUAUGGUUCCCCUCCCCUCCCCCUCCAGUAAGUACUUGGAGAAGGGAACCCGAAUCCCUGGGUGAGACAGAGGGGUCGGGGCAGCCAGCUUUCCCCUUCUCAUGGUGAGACUGAAUUUUGGGCUCAGACACCAGCAACAGCCUCUUGGGAUGCCCCGAGUUGCUUCCCUUUUUCUCUUUCUAACAGUCCUUUUCUAGUGUGUGCUCUUCUUCCUUGAAACUUUUAAGAUUUCCUGUUACAUACUAACAUAAGUCUUCCCCCUCACCCCAAUUCCAGGUUUCCAGCUGCCUUCCCUGACCUUAGAGCCCCAAGCCUCAUGUGGGGUGUGUGGGCAAGGCAGGGGGUAGCCCCAUGAAUACUGGGAUGGGGACAGAGGAAGCCCUGUUGGAGUCUCCUAUGCAAGGGAGUAAGCCAAAUUUACACUAAAAGCAGAUCAAAGUCCCCACACCAGUCCACUAGGGUCCCAGUAGCUGACAACCUUGCUCCUCUCCCCAAGGUUCUCCUUCAGCUAGGACCUAGUCACUUUUAUUCUUCCAGCCAACCCUUGGUCGUUUCACAGCCAGCUUAAGGUCUUCAGCACUUCCAAGAACUGAAACUCCCUCCAAUUCUUCCUGCCUAUUCCUUUACUGCCAGCUUGGGCCUAGGCUCAGUCCUGGGCAGUGCCCAGGAUCCUUCUGGUGCGGGAAGAGUGAGACAUAGUGCAUUUGGCUCAGAUUUCAAAGGGCCUCUCCCUUACCCAUAUUUCUGGAGUCUCCUGUAGUUCUAGAACCCUCCAAUCUCAUCACCAGGCUAGUUGCAAGGCUCAUGUUUUUGUACUUUCCUAUAGAUUCUGUAGCAUUGAGUGUGGCAGUAUUUUAAUUGUGUAUAGAUUUCUAAGAACCAACACUACUCAGUCUCCUGCUAGUCUGACUCCUGAAGCAUCAGAACUUGUCAUACUGUACUGACUGUGUAUGUGCCUUUCACCUUGAGCAUGCUUCAGGAUAUAUUUUUUUAAACCACAGAACUUGAAUACAUGAGGGAACCAGAAUUCACAAAGUCCUAUGCAACCUUAGACAGGAGGGGGUUAGAGAGUCUGUCUUGACUGAUGUUUUCAGAGACCCUGGAGAAGUCUGUUCCAGUUUGUGAGUAUUAGUUAAUGUCAAUACUACCAGCACUUUGCCAAAACUGAGUAUGUCAGAGGGACUCCUGUUUCUAGAAAGAGUCCCAAUUACAUCAAAGGGCAACUUAGAGUAAUUCCCCAAUCUGUCUGAGUGCUCUCUUCAAGCUGGGUGUCACUUUUCAGCCUUUGCCAGUCUGGCCCCAGCAGGGUAACACGUGUGUAUGAAUGCAGUUUGCUGCUGUUCUGGAGUAUGCCUGCUCCCCAGCCCCCACCUGGAACCCUGAUGAAUUUGUUCUGACCCAUAAUGUCUUAGGUGAAACGAGGACCCCACCAGAGCUCUUGGAUGCCUCCUCAGAUCCAUGUGGCUUUAUGUGAGGGAACUGAAUGCAGACAUACCUUAGCCCCUUAUAUUUUCCCUCUUGCCCUGCCACGUAGUUCCAAAUGGAACCAACAAGUUGAGUGCAUCCCUCUUGGGUGUUUUGUGUUGAGAUUGGCUGAAAUGAGGAGACUCUGGGUGACCGUGUUGUGACAUGUCAACAGACUCAAGGACACAACCACCUCGACUUGGUCAUGUGGCAUGCCUGUGUAUGUGUGUAACAGGAUUCUGAUUGUUAAACUGUAAUGUUAUCCUCUAUGGGAGAAAAAAAUUAAUAUAAAGAAAAAUAAAAAUCUAUUUAAAGCA